UCUCUACAUGCACUCAUUCGCUGUCCCGCUCACUCACUCGUUCUCUUGCCCAGUCGCUCUGAGGACCGUGACGGGCAGCUGACCUGACGUUUGGACCGCUAGCUGUGCUGCUCUCUAGUUUGGACUGUAGUGGAGAUACUGAUUUGCAUACAGGCUAUGUGUUUACACAGACGUGUCUUCACUCAUUCUCCACAUGUGGGAAGGAGUCUUUUGUCUGCUUGAGCUGCUCAGAAUGAAGAGGUAAAGCGCUCCUGAUCACAGUGAUGGCAGUGCAGGCUAGCCUACAGGCUUGGUUUGGGGAGAAGUUUGAGUCGCCGCUACAAAGCCCCCGCAGCCCCCUGAUACCCCGGCAUGGACCUGGCUUGGCGGAUGUCUUCCAGUAUGACCAGUGGCUUACAGUACGCCAUGAAGCUACACUAUUCCCCAUGCAGGAGGACCUUGCGAUCUGGCUCACUGGAAUGCUUGGAGAAGAGGUAAGAGCUGAGCACUUCAUGGAGGAGCUGAACAACGGGGCGAAGCUGUGCCGACUUGUUGGGAUUUUGCAAAGCAAAAUUCCCGAGGACUGUCUCUCAGACAAGAAGCAGUUUCCUAUGAAGAAAGUGGCAUUUAAGAAAGAUGCUUCUCCAAGGUCGUUUUUUGCACGGGACAACACAGCAAACUUCCUGUCUUGGUGCCGGCAAAUUGGGAUAGACGACACAUACUUGUUUGAGUCGGAGGGCUUGGUUCUACACAAAGAUCCUCGGCAGGUGUGUCUCUGUUUGCUGGAGCUCGGACGCGUCAUCUCCAAGUAUGGCAUUGAACCGCCUGUGCUGGUGAAACUGGAGAAAGAGAUUGAACUAGAGGAGUCUAUGCUAAUGACCAGAGACCCCGCCCCACCAGUCAAAACCUUCACUGUGUGCUGCCAGCACGGAGGUCUCUACCAUUCAGACCAAGCUGACUCAGAUGAUCCUCCCUGUAACUGCUCUCAGAAGUUCUCCAUCGAGUAUUUGGCUGAGGGACGAUACAGGCUGGGGGAUAAGAUCCUCUUCAUAAGGAUGCUACAUGGAAAGCAUGUGAUGGUGCGUGUAGGCGGGGGCUGGGACACUCUGAAGGGGUUCUUGUUGAAGUAUGACCCUGGUCGUGUGCUGCAGUUCACCACUCUGGAGCAGAAGAUUCUAGCUUAUCAGAAAGGCUCGUCCGCCCAGAGCACCGCCCUCAGCGCUCAAGCCGCCCAGCCACCCACCAUGGACCCCCUCGCUGCUGUUAACCUCCUCCCCUCUGCUGCCGCUGCUGCUGCUUCAGCAGCCUCAUCAUCUUCCUCGUCCACAUCCUCUUCAUCCUCAUCCUCCUGCUCUGUCACUACCUCCAAACCCGGUAUGCCUGCCUCUGGCUCUGCUACACCACGAGGUUAUACCCAGUCGCCUGCCUCCACCCCAUCUCUGCCCAGGAAAGCUGCAGCAGCAGCAGCUCUUAAAAAGACUCUUCAUAUGCCCACUCCCUCUCCCAAGACCACCCCCCUUCCCUCUCCCAAGACCACCCCACUCCCCUCUCCCACUCCAAAGAGAAGCCCUUUGCCCCAGCCCUCUCCAGUUGUUCCAUGUGGGACGUCGCAGAAAGCUCCGCUUGCCUCCUCCAGACUGAAGCUUCGUCCACGUGCGAAUCCCUCCCAGCCUCGCAGUCCCGUCUGCCCAGAGCCCACCUGCAAACAGCCCAAACCCUCCUCCACCCAGUGCCCCUCCAUCUCUCAGAAACCUCCACAACGUGAUGGACGUCCACCUCACGCCCCUCUGCGCUCACGUCUCGCUCAGAGACGCCCCCCCUCCCCUGCUGCUCGUCACCAGACAGACAGCAGAAAGGCACGACCCGUCUCCCCUCGACCAGCAGGCCUGGCGAAACCCCUCAGAGAGGCCAAGAUCUCUCCAGCACCUGCCAGCACUAAAGCACCAUUCACUUCUAAAGCACAGGUAAACUCUAAAGACUCAAAAGACCCUAAAGCACAAAGCUCCACCCCCUCCUCCCGAGCUCCCACACCUUCCUCUAGAGCCCCUCAGAUCUCCAGGACCAAAGCUCCUCCAGCAGGGCCGGUUGGAGUGGGUAAAGGAGCCCCACGCACUGUGGCAUCCACACAGCCCCCCAGCACAAAACCCGCGCCGUCCGUUCCAUCCCUCCAGUCCGUUCACGUCACAAGCAGAAAACCACAAACCAGCAAUAAAGCCCUACCCAAAACAAACCCUGCUCCGAACAAAGCAGCGAAACCCAACCCGAGAACUGCCAGCCAGAAACAAACGCCCCGGACUGCAGAUCCCAAACCUAGAGAAGAGCCCUACUUUGAGAUGAACAGUAAGAAGAAGAAGCUGAAGAGCUAAAUAUGUGCAGACAGUGGCGUUUUUCCUUCGUUCCUGCUUCGGUGGUAGUUUUUACCUGGAGGGUUCUCUUUGGCCUUCCAUAGGUGUAGCACUUUGCUGUGAGAUACUUAAGGCUUAAGGCUUGUAUCUUGAACGCAGUACGGUUUUAAGAUGGUAUUUCGGUUCCAAAUGUCUGUUGAAGUUGUACAUGUUUUAUAAUUUAUUUGAUGUGUUUUUUUAUAUGUGCCAUAUAAAAAAGGGUCAGGAAAUGAUGUCUCUUCUAUUUUAGAAACUAAAACGUGAAACGUCCUCCACACUGUUCUUUAGUGAACAGCUGAGAACGAGGCCUGCAUCUUGUUACUUGAUCUGGUUUAAUAUCAGUCUAACUCAUUUUACAUUCAGUUCAUUCAGAGUCAAUUUAGGCAUUAACUGUUGAAGUGAAGCUGUGUAAUUGAGCUGUUCCAACAGAAUACCAUGUAUCAACAGUUUUUUUCCAUUUGAGAGAAAUCAGAUAUUCUAUCUUUUUUUAUAUUAAAUAAUAUAUAAUAUGUGCUUUAUUUAGACUGAUCUCGCUAUUCCUGAAGGCACUUAAUGUAUUCUGAUAAUAAAGAGAAAAGUAAAGAAAAAAAGCAAAGAUUUUUCCCAAAAAGGGUAAAAUUGUUGGUAUAUGGUAUAUAGUUGUUGGAUAGGCUCAUUUUGAUUCAUUAAUCAGUGAUUCUGCACAACACUGCACACAUUUUUGUAUUGGCUUCACUACGAUACUCAGUAGUUUGUACAUUUCUAACAAACUGAAGAAAAACUAAAACAAUUAUGAAUAAAAAUAUACAUUUACAUAUAGUUUCCAUAUGGACCAUGGUUGCAUGUCGAGUGCAUACAGACUGCUGACUAAAUAAUUGUCAUGAUGUCAAGUAACAGAUGAAAGUGAGCUGCGUUCCAAAGUCUAGGCUGCAGCCGAGGUUAGCUGCAUUUUUCAGCUACUUCAUCAUAAAAAGAUCCCUUCAUAAUAAUAUAUCUGAGAAAUGAAGCUGACGAUUGUAGGGAUUUUAUGGAUGCAACUGAUGUAUCCUUUGCAGCCCUUGUGUUUCCCACAAUUGUUUGCACACGUAGAGCACCACAAUAAUUGUUUAAAAUUGAGUUCAUAUUAAAAUGCUUUAAUAUUAUUUAUAAAUAAAUUAUAAGAAGAAAUAAAAAGGACAAGUUUUGAGGCUCUCAGUACCUCAAGCACACAGUCUACACAGUCCUACCAGGACUGCAGCCUAGACGCAGCUAAUGAACGCAACUACUGUAAUUACUGUUCCAGGUUGCAAACCCCUUUAAUAUAAAGCACCUAUUGGACCUAUUGUCUUCCUCUUGUGCUGCUAUAAUAACCAAAGGCAGGUUUCCCUGAACAAAAAAUGCAAGGAGCACUAUAGAACACUAUAGAACUAUAGGGGUGGUAUGUGGGUUUUUAGAGAGAACAUGUAUGGGUUUGGUUAUUUAGUUUGUAUGUGCCUUACCUGUAUGGGCUAGAGUAAGUGUUUCCUUUAAUUUAUUUUUUGAAGUAGUAACUUUGUGAUCUAAUACAGUUGAGCUUAUGCAGAAAUCAUGGUUAGCCAUCUAGCUAGUCAUGAAGAUAGGACCUACCUCUAGACAUGCACACAAAUCACCACAUGUACUACUGAUUGAGUCAAGCCCAUAUUUCUGUUCAUUUUUUUAAUCAACUGCUUCAAGCAAUAACACAUUGUCACAAUUAUGUUUUUAUACAGUUAAUUUGCAGCUUACGCCAAACGUGAUUUGCUUUUUUCAUUUUUUUUCGUUUUUGUUUUUUUUAACUGGCCCUUACUUAUAUGGUGUUACAAGUUCUUGUCUCUCAAGGUAUGAGUGAACUAGUUCAGAUUUAUUUUUAACAGCACUUUACAGUCGUUGGUUUGAAUGUAGUCUUUCUAAUGUGUUUGUGUUUGUAUAUAUGUGUAAAUCACUCUUGUGUUGCAUUAAAUAAAAUUAUCUGUUCUUUGGAAA